GCAGUCCGGUCCUCCGGCCAGCAGGGGGAGGCACCGCGCACGGCUGGCGGCUGCGCGGACACGGCCUUUCUGGGCCUAGAGGAGGAAACCAGAAAGACGGCGAGAGGAAGUCGCGGUGGCUUUCAGCCCUACAGCCUCCGGGGCUGAGCUGGCAUUUGUCGCUGGCUUGAGCCGGACCCUACAGGCCACGCUGGCUGCGCAUGGAGCCGAGGACUCUAGCGGAGGAGGGAUGCUCUCGGCCGGCGAGGUCGGCGAGGCGCCGUCAGUCCCGUGCUGCUCUGAAAGUGGUGAGGAAAGGAAGGACAUCGAGGAGAAAAGUGACAUAAAUAUUACACCUCGUGCUGGAAGUGAACAUGUCAGUGAAGGUACAGAUAAUGGUGGUCUCCUUUCCUAUGUGUCUGCAUUCAUAGAAAAGGAAGUUGGAAAUGACCUUAAAUCUUUAAAGAAACUUGAUAAACUCAUAGAAAAGAUGACAGAAAGUAAAAUGCAGUUAGAAGAACAGGUACUUACAAUGUCAUCAGAAAUCCCUAAAAGAAUUCAAAAUGCCUUAAAAAAUGCAGAAGAAUCAAAGCAAUUCCUUAGUCAGUUUCUAGAGCAAGAAAAUAAUCUCUUCAGCUCCAUUAACAGCCAUUUGCUGACUGCACAGCCCUGGAUGGACGAUCUUGGGGCCAUGAUUAACCAAAUUGAAGAGAUCAAACGGCAUCUCGCUUAUCUUAAAUGGAUUUCACAAAUUGAAGAACUAAGUGAUAACAUUCAGCAAUAUCUGAUGACCAAUAAUGUACCAGAGGCAGCCUCUACUCUGGUGUCUAUGGCAGAACUUGACAUCAAGCUUCAGGAAUCAUCCUGUACUCAUCUUCUUGGUUUCAUGAGAGCCACAGUUAAAUUCUGGCAUAAAAUUCUCAAGGACAAGCUUACAAGUGAUUUUGAGGAAAUUUUAGCACAGCUUCAUUGGCCAUUCAUUGCACCCCCUCAAUCUCAACCUAUUGGCUUAAGUCGAUCUGCCAGUGCCCCUGAGAUGUACAGUAACCUGGAGACACUGUUUUGUCAGCUUCUGAAACUACAAACCUCAGAUGAAUUACUUACUGAGCCAAAACAACUCCCAGAAAAAUACUGUCUUCCUGCAUCCCCUUCUGUCAUCCUGCCCAUCCAGAUUAUGCUGACUCCCCUUCAGAAGAGGUUCAGGUAUCACUUCAAAGGGAACCGGCAGACUAAUGUUAUAAGUAAGCCUGAAUGGUACUUGGCUCAGGUGCUUAUGUGGAUUGGAAAUCAUACUCAAUUUCUGGAUGAGAAGAUUCAGCCAAUAUUAGACAAAGUAGGCUCUCCGGUAAAUGCAAGGCUUGAAUUUUCUCGGGGCCUCAUGAUGCUGGUUCUUGAGAAGUUAGCUUCUGAUAUUCCUUGUCUACUCUAUGAUGACAAUCUCUUCUGUCAUUUGGUGGAUGAAGUGCUCUUGUUUGAGAGAGAGUUACACAGUGUUCAUGGCUAUCCUGGCAUUUUUGCUAGUUGUAUGCAUAUUCUGUCAGAGGAAACCUGUUUUCAGAGAUGGUUGACUGUGGAGAGAAAAUUUGCUCUUCAAAAAAUGGACUCAAUGCUUUCAUCGGAAGCUGCCUGGGUAUCCCAGUAUAAAGAUAUCACUGAUGUGGAUGAAAUGAAAGUUCCAGACUGUGCAGAAACUUUCAUGACUCUACUCUUGGUUAUAACUGACAGGUAUAAAAACCUUCCCACAGCUUCCCGAAAGCUGCAGUUCCUGGAGUUACAGAAGGAUUUAGUAGAUGAUUUUAGGAUAAGAUUAACGCAGGUGAUGAAAGAAGAGACUAGAGCUUCCCUUGGCUUUCGAUACUGUGCAAUUCUUAAUGCUGUGAACUACAUCUCAACAGUACUAGCAGACUGGGCUGACAAUGUUUUCUUUCUACAACUUCAACAGGCAGCAUUGGAGGUCUUUGCAGAGAAUAAUACUCUCAGUAAAUUGCAGCUGGGACAGCUAGCCUCUAUGGAGAGCUCUGUCUUUGAUGACAUGAUUAAUCUCUUAGAGCGUUUAAAGCAUGACAUGUUGACUCGUCAAGUAGACCAUGUUUUUAGAGAAGUUAAAGAUGCUGCAAAAUUGUAUAAAAAAGAAAGGUGGUUGUCCUUGCCAUCUCAGUCAGAGCAGGCAGUAAUGUCCCUGUCUAGUUCGGCUUGCCCCUUAUUGCUUACAUUACGAGACCGUUUACUUCAAUUGGAGCAGCAGCUUUGUUUCUCCUUAUUUAAAAUUUUCUGGCAAAUGCUUGUAGAGAAUCUGGAUAUAUAUAUCUACCAAGAAAUAAUUCUUGCUAAUCACUUCAAUGAAGGAGGAGCAGCCCAGUUACAGUUUGAUAUGACUCGGAAUCUUUUCCCUUUGUUUUCUCACUACUGCAAGAGACCAGAAAAUUAUUUUAAACAUAUAAAGGAAGCCUGUAUUGUUUUGAAUUUGAACAUCGGUUCUGCUCUACUCCUGAAAGACGUAUUGCAGUCAGCUUCAGGGCAACUUCCUGCCACAGCAGCAUUAAAUGAAGUUGGAAUUUACAAACUGGCUCAACAAGAUGUUGAAAUUCUACUUAAUUUGAGGACAAACUGGCCUAACACUGGAAAAUAAUGCAUCUUUCAGAAGAAGACUUUUUUGUUUUAUGUUUUUGUUCUUAACAAAGAGGAAGCCAGGAGGAUUUCAAGUUAUAUGAUGAAGUUCUGAAUUAAUGAAACUGGACAACUGAAAACUUCAUUAGAAUCAUUUAUUAUCUUGGACUUAUGAUGUUACUAAAAUGAUGACCAUAUUUCUUGAGUCCUCUUGUUCCUAAGAAAUCAAGAGAAGAAAUACAGAAAAUAUGAGAACUCAAAGUACUUCUAUUUACAAAUAUAAAUGUUGAAUAUGUCUUUCAAAGAAAAUACAGGAGUAGAGAUAAUAAAUUAUAACCAACUUUCAAUUUCCUUUGCUAAUUUAGAGAAACUCUGUUAUGGAUAAUCAAACACAGCCAGUAAGUUUUUGGGAAUUCAUUAUAUUUCCAUAAGAAAGCACAUUAUGAGAUGGUGAAUAAGGUAGGAUUAUUCUUCAUUUUCCACAAAUGUCCUUCCAUUUAAAAUAAUUCCUAGUUCCAUUUUGUGUGACAGUGGGCAACCUUUUCUUUCUGGAUGAUGUUUCAGGCCAAAGCAUUCUGCCUCAGUCUUUCCUCAGUGGUAGGGACUGUAAUUAAACAUUUUUGUUUAAUGUUUAUGUAACUAAUGAUGAGAUGAAAAUCUUAAACUUUCUUUUUUCUUCUGACUUGUCCUUGGCCUUGGGUUGUAUUAAAUAAUGGUUUCUUAAUUAAUCUUCAGAGUAGAACUUUUUUAAACAAAUAGACCUAGAUUAGCUGGAGGCUUUCUAUAUCUAUCAAAUUUUAUUCCAAUUUUUUUUUUUCUGACUUAGCAUUUAGUUAGUACUUUUAUUUUUAUUUAUUUUUUUAUCUGUAUCAGCCACACAGAAUUAGUUAGUACUUUUAAUGCUGUAACAUCUCAAAUCUGAAAUUAUCAGGCUGACAUGUAACCUAUUGUAUUGAUUGAUAUACAUUUACUUUGCAAUAAAUAAUUUUGAAGAGAUAUUUUGAGAUAAA